AUGGAAAAACAUCCCUCUUGUGGUGUCUACACUUUGAAGUACAUCGAAUGUCUGGUUCUAGGUUGUAAGUUUGAUGGGCUAAGCGAUAAGAUUAUACAAGAUAUGCGUUUGAAGCUAGCAGCUGAGAUAUUUGACGAGAUGCCUGAGCCAUGUUCCGUAAUGUGUAACCCAUUACUCCAUGGAGAAGAUAUUGACGAGGUCGAGCUGAUCACAAAGUCAAAGAUGUAG